AGCUUCACAAAUUUUGAUACGUGUUUCAGUGCAUGCUACAACUGGUGAAUGAGGCCCCUUUCAUGUACACAAGUGAGUUGGAGACAGUUAGCUCCCUUUGUUUCCGAGCCUUAGACGGCUCUAAUUAUGAUGUCAGGUGUGCAGUGGCGAAACUUCUAGGAAAUCUUAUGUCAACGACUCAGAGUCCUAAAGCAGCCAGCACAGGCAAUUUUUCUAGGCUGAGUUUUGGAGCUAAAUGGAAGCAGCCCAAACUUGAAGAUGUAUUGAAUCUGUUGUCUGUUGGCUUUUUGAAAGGAGGAAUAGGGAGUGGAAAUAUCAAUAGAGAAAUUCGAGUGGGAGUCACACAUGCCUAUAUAGAGUUUGUGAAGUCCAUGGGGGGCCUGUGGCUGGAGAGAAAUAUUUCCGUGUUCCUGAACCACAUCUUUGAUCUGGUGGCCAACCCCAAGGCGACGCCCACUCAUGUGGAUGCUGUAUAUGCCAGGAAGUGUGUUCUGUUCAUCAUAAGGUCGGCCAUCGGAGGACUGUUAGGAGAGAAGGCUCAAAUAGCAGCAGCCAAGGAGAUAUCUCAAAUCAUUGUCAAGCAGAUGAAUAUUGUUGGUUUUGUGAGUGUUUUAAAGGACAGGAAAAGGAAUACCAGAAUAUCUAAGAUAAGUUUACUAGAACUGAAGGAGUCAGCAGCUAUAGGAGCUGCCAGUUUGGGGGCCAAGUCAAUCAAAUUUAGUCUGCCUAUCAACUAUCAAAACAAUGCCUCUCUCUAUUUCCAGGCAGAAUUUUGA